GAAAUGUCUGUGCGUCUUAUGGAGCGGCCAGCCCAGUAUUCCCGACGCCAUUGUAUGUCCGCAGUCUCUGGUCAUGUCCUGUACUGUGUCCGCGGUCUCUUGGUCAUCCCCUGCACCGCGUCCGCAGUCUCUUGGUCAUCCCCUGCACCGCGUCCGCAGUCUCUUGGUCAUCCCCUGCACCGCGUCCGCAGUCUCUUGGUCAUCCCCUGCACCGCGUCCGCAGUCUCUUGGUCAUCCCCUGCACCGCGUCCGCAGUCUCUUGGUCAUCCCCUGCACCGCGUCCGCAGUCUCUUGGUCAUCCCCUGCACCGCGUCCGCAGUCUCUUGGUCAUCCCCUGCACCGCGUCCGCAGUCUCUUGGUCAUCCCCUGCACCGCGUCCGCAGUCUCUUGGUCAUCCCCUGCACCGCGUCCGCAGUCUCUUGGUCAUCCCCUGCACCGCGUCCGCAGUCUCUUGGUCAUCCCCUGCACCGCGUCCGCAGUCUCUUGGUCAUCCCCUGCACCGCGUCCGCAGUCUCUGGUCAUCCCCUGUACUAUGUCUGCAGUCCAUUGGUUCAGAAUAUGUUUUUUCUUGUUUUUCUCCUUUAA